AUGGCCGGCAAUAUCGUCGUGGCAGUGCUGCUUCUCAGCACCGUCUGCCUGGCGCACGUGGCGCAAGCAGGCCCAGUGCUGGAGGUGGGAGUCGAUCACGCCAUCACGUUCAACCGCCAGCUGGGCAACGAGGAUGAGUUGCUCUUCGGCAGUCGAGCGGUGCUGCUGCGCGGCGAGAUGGUGCGGUACACGCCCCUGGCGUCUGCGUCCUACCACGGUUACACUGUGUACGUGCAGUGCAGCGAGCACCUCACCAAGUCCGCCCUGCAGCAGCUCUCCGGGUUCGGAUCGUUGAUGUCGGCGAAGGGCCUGAUUGUGGAGCUGUGCGACGAGGACACGACCAACGAGGACAUGCUUUCAUUUUUCUUCAGUACUACCUCCGCCCCCCUUCCCGUGUACUUCCUGCCCCACGGUGCGGCCUCGCAGGAGCUGUCGCGGCUGCUAUCCGUCGCAGCGCGGCGCAGCAUGACGGAGAAGGUGGUACUAUCCGUGGGUAAGACGCUGCGGCUAAGCGAGCUGGUAGAGAAUUCGACGCUGCUCAGCGCCAUUAUUGAGAGUCAGUACAUGCACAAACCGAAGCAGGCGCAUAAUAAGGCCGCCUCGGCUGCCGCUGUCCCCCAGGUCCUGGUCACAGCACACUUUGAUUCACUCGGCGUGUCUCCUGCAAGUCGGACCAGUAGCGGCGCUUCCGGUGCUGUGGCCGCGAUGGAGCUGUGGCGUCGACUGACGUCCACCCCUUAUGCGCGGCAGGAGUCUGCGGCUCCGUACAGGGUCACUGUGCUUCUCGGCAGCACGUCGCGCUUCAACUACGUUGGUACGACCUCGUGGAUAUCGCAGCACACGGGUAAAGAGCUGGAUCAGUUCAGGCUGGUUCUUUGCCUUGAUGAGCUCCUGCCACGGCGGGAAGUGAGUGAGGAUACGCAGGAGCUUUAUCUGCAUGUCCAGGACGCCCUCGUGAAGCGGCCGCAUGGCCAGCAGCUUGUGAAGCAGAUCGAAUCAGCGGCAAAGGCACUCGGCAUUUCUCUCAAGGUGAUGUCUUCCAAAACGAACUACCAUCAUUACGACCUUAGCUUUGAGCAUGAGGUGUUUGCUAGCCGCCAGAUGGCCGCCAUGACGCUAUCCGCCCACCGCACUCUCCACAUCGAUCAAAUUUUCCGUGAUACCCGUCGCCCCCCAGUCACAGCUGCGGAUGCAGAAGUGCUCGCGAAGCGCGUGGACCUGGUUGAGGCUAUUGUGCGCAUCAUCACCGAGGCGGCUCCCUCUGCGGAGAAGGCGACGACUGUGUGGCCUGGGGCGGUCUCGUACAUUCAGGGUUUGCUGCAGCACGCGAGUGAGUCGCACCGCUCACCGGUGGCGCAAAACGGUGCGGGCUUGCAGAGGUACGUUGCUACCCUUGAUCAUCACAUGCGUGCGCAGGCGGCAGCGGCGCAGCGGACCGCGCUCACCUCGGCCUCUUCCGUGACGACAUACCAGGACCUGCGUACUCCCGGCAUCACGCUAUUCGGCCCCUACGAGGAGACGAUGCAGAUAUUUAUGGCCAAGUCGUACCUGUUUGAGGGUGCCGUGGCGGCAGCAGCGCUAGUAGCGCUCCUUGCCUUUCUCCACGUCGAAGUGGGACUGAAAGCAGUGCCGCACCUCUUCUCUAGCUAG